AUGCGUAGUGUAUUAGCAUGGAGCGAUAAAGUACCGGAACGUAAUGGUGAAAAAUUUGUUGUACAGGAUUUGGCUUUCAAACCUGAUGGAUCUCAAGUUGUUGCAGCUGUGGGUACUCGCGUUUUAGUGUAUGAUGCAGCUGAUGGCACUUUAUUGCAUUCAUUGAAAGGACAUAAGAAAACAGUAUACGCAGUUGACUAUUCGUACGAUGGCAAACGCUUUGCUUCUGGUGGAGCGGACAAUAUUGUGAUUAUCUGGACGGACACAGCGGAAGGUAUUCUGAAAUAUACUCACAAUGAUAGUAUUCAAAAACUCGUCUAUAAUCCUCAAUCACAAUGUCUUGCAAGUUGUACGGCAUCCGAUUUUGGUCUCUGGGCUCCCGAGCAAAAGUCAGUUGCGAAACACAAAGUUGGAGCUAAGAUUUUAUCUGCUUGUUGGAGCAAUGAUGGUCAAAUACUUGCUCUUGGUUUAUUUAAUGGUAAUGUGACACUUCGAGACAAAUUAGGAGCGGAGAAACGGCUGAUUGAAAGGUCCAAUGCACCGGUGUGGGCACUAGCAUGGAGUCCAACACCUGACGAUUCAUUGGAUGUUCUUGCUGUGGGUUGCUGGGAUCGUACACUUGUAUUUUAUUCUCCAAGUGGUGUCAUGCAAGGUAAAGUUCGGAAACUCGAUUAUAAUCCUACGACGAUUACAUAUUUCAGUAAAGGCAAGUAUCUUCUAGUGGGUGGAAGCAAUUGUAAAGCUGGAUUGUAUACGAAAGACGGAAUCUUCUUAGUCGAUAUAUGCGAACAUGAGAGCUGGAUUUGGGCUAUUAAAGCUCGUCCAAAAACAAAUUUCGUGGGUGUUGGUAGUGAAGAUGGUACUUUAUCCAUUUAUUGUCUCGUGUUUGGCACUGUGCAUGGAAUUUAUCAAGAACGAUACGCAUAUCGUGAAAAUUUAACAGAUGUGAUCGUUCAACAUUUAAUGACUGAACAAAAAGUUCGAAUUAAAACGCGCGAUUGUGUCAGAAAGCUUAGUGUGUAUCGAGAUCGUCUUGCAGUGCAAUUAUCAGAUCGAAUUAUCAUUUAUGAACUUGCAGGAAGUCUCAAUGCCCCUGCAGCAAGUUACGACAUGCAUUAUCGUGUUAAAGAGCGAAUUCUUCAAGACUUACCAUGCAGUUUAUUGGUUGUCACGAGUCUUCACUUUAUCUUGUGUCAAAAACAAAAAUUACAACAAUAUGACUUUACAGGUCGAUUAGAGCGUGAGUGGAUCUUAGAAUCAUUGAUUCGUUAUAUUAAAGUGAUGGGAGGUGCUUAUGGUCGAGAAGGACUUCUUGUUGGACUCAAAGAUGGUUCUGUCUGGCAAAUAUUUCUCAAUAAUCCUUUUCCAAUAAAUUUGAUCCAACAAAAUAGUCCUAUUUCGUGUCUCGACAUUAGUGCAAAUCGUGAAAAACUUGCGGUUGUCGAUGAUACACAAAAGUGCUAUGUUUACGACUUGACUACGAAAGAGCUUUUGUUUGAAGAGAGUGCUGUGAAUAGUGUCGCUUGGAAUACGGAAUGUGAAGAUAUGUUGUGUUUUGGUGGAAAUGGUCAGCUUAAGAUUCGUGCAGGUGAAUUUUUAGGUCAUACACAACGAAUGCAAGGCUUUGUUGUUGGAUUUACACGUUCGAAAGUCUUUUCACUUGGUGCACUAAGUGUUCAAACCAUUGAUGUACCACACUCAGCUCCUUUGUAUCGAUAUUCGGAGCAUCAUAACUUUUCACAUGCUUAUGCUGUCUCGUGUUUGGGUGUUACAGCAUCCGAUUGGCGCUUCUUAGCAUGGGAAGCAUUGAAAAAUAUGCAGUUUGAAGUAGCACGAAAAGCUUUUUUACGUGUUCAAGACGUUCGUUUGAUUGAGUUAGUGAAUACAUUGGAGCAAAAGUAUCGAGAUCAGAUGUCACAGGUUAAUCGUCCCAAUCAAGAAAAGGAUGUUGAUAUAAAAAAAGUAAAAAUGUUAUUACAAGGGGAAAUUAUGGCACAUCAAAGCAAAUUUUCACUUGCUGCGAAAUUAUUUACUGAUUGUGGCGAACCAGGUCGUGCAAUACAAAUGUUUACAGAUUUACGCAUGUGGGAUGAAGCAAAGCGAUUUGCUACAGCUCAACAAGCUGGAGAUGUCCAACAAUUGGUGUUGGCUCAAGCUCGUUGGGCUGAAGACGUAAAGGAUUGGCGAGCAGCAGCAGAAAUGUAUGCAGCAAGUGGCAAUUAUUUGCGUGCAAUUGAAUUAAUGGGAGAAAAUGGGUAUUUGGACGAACUUUUGGAAAUCACUUUUAAACCGGAAAUUGCAAAUAAUGCUCAACUUUUGACACUUGCAGCAAAUUAUUUCUUAAAACGAGGUCGUGUAGCCAAUGCACGUGAUAUGUACCUAAAAAUUGGGGAUGUGGACGCAUUAUUGCAAAUGCAUAUUCGAUUAGAAGAAUGGGAUGAAGCUGUGGCUUUAGCAAAUCGACAUCGUGACACUCUUCGUCGACCAGAACAAGUGUUUCUUCCAUAUGGUCAAUGGUUGAUUACGCAAGAUCGAUUUGAUGAGGCAUUAGAAGCGUAUACUCGUGCACAACAACCGGACAAAUCUUGUAUUCUCUUAAAUCAAUUGAUUGAAAAUGCAAUAACAGAAUGUCGAUUUAAAAAUGUGGCAUAUUAUUAUUGGCGAUUAUGUGAAGAACAAUUAAAAAUGAUUCAAAUAACUCAAGAUGACGAUAAGUUAACGAAUGAACAAAGUCAACAACUUGCUCAUGCGAUGGAGAAUGAAGUUUUCUCGGAACUUUAUUAUGCAUAUGCCAUGAUCUUUGCAUUUACAGAUGAACCAUUUACGACAUUAGUACCCGAAUCACUUUUUCAUGCUGCACGUUUUCUUUUAAAUAAAUUAACCGGACGAGAUUAUGGGACAACACGUAAUUUACCUCGUGGAAUGUCCUUAAGUAACAUUUACUUUACACUUGGACAUCAUGCGCUACAGCUUGAAAGUUAUAAAGUUGCUCGUCAAGCUUAUGAAAAAUUACUUCAAAUGAAACUUCGAAAUGAAUGGCAAAUAAUUGUGGAAAGCACUGCUAUGACGUUACAAGCACAACCUUAUGCAGAUCGAGAAGAAUUGCUGCCUGUAGACUAUCGAUCAUCAAGUGUGAAUCCAUUUUUAAAUCCAAAUAAUACUGGAGAUGUCUGUAUUAAUUCUGGUCAUCCAUUCAUACGUUCGUAUGUAUCAUUUGAGAAUUUACCAUUAGUAGAAUUUCAACCUGUGGCUGGUAUCUCGAAGGAAAAAGCAGAAGAAUUGAUACAAAUGUAUCCAAGUAGCAAAGAUGAGAAUGAAAAGCGUACAAGUGAUGGAUGGCGAGAAACUGAUGAUGGAACUUCUCAAAGUUUAAAACUUGAUGACGAGGAAUUACAAAAUACAAUGAAAUAUGGUAUCGAUUUGUUCGAACAAGCUUUAAAUCGACAAGCGACGUAUGGUGCAAGUGUUGGUCAUCGAUCUGGAGCACCACAAUAUCGUGUUCUUGAGUUAGAUGCUCAGACUUUACAAUCACUUCGUCCAAACGAAGUAUUUAUUGUUAAAUAUCCAACACAAGCUAUUCGACCAAAAUACUACAAAAAUAUGAUUCCAGAAAUCAAAAUUCAUCUAUCACCUCAUUGUCGUCGGUUUUUUCACGAAGAAGAUUUUGAGUUUGAAUACCUUAAAGCUGGUUUUUGUCCAUGUUGUCAAGUAUCGGAACUUGAGACGUUAAACCAGACAAAUAAAUAG